UGUUGUUGUCAGUUACUAUAGCAAUGAGUCUGCACGUAGCUGUGCUGAUACAGAGGGCGAGAAAGAAGUGGUUUUGAGUUGUACUUUAAUGGUUUAUCCCUUUGCUGUGGAGCACAACACGAAAUUAACAAUACCUAAUAACAACUUGGAAAGGGAGAACUUGUGUCUUGGUUACUGAAGCUGGUUCCUCCCAGGAACCAUCUGCUUUUAAGUCAUAAUUUUGAGGAAAAGGUCAGUAUUCUGAGAUAAAUAGCUUAGAAUUCUGAGAUUAGAGUCACAUUUUUUUCAAUGCCUGUAAUCCUCUUUGUUAUUGAGUUAUAGUGACAGAUCUAUUUAUUCACAAAACACAGCAACUUCCUCUGAGAAGUUUGAGCACAAACAUAAUUUAAAGAAUGUUUCUAUUUACAUUACCCAACUUUAAAAAAUUGCACUGGGUUUAUUGUGAAAUUACUGGUAUUCAAGUUCAAGCUCUAACUAAUUCUUCUAACUAAGAAUGCAGUUACAUUCUUAGUCACAAGGUAUCACUGUUGGCUCCAAAACGUGAGUGUUAAGAACUAGAGAAUUUUUGCAAGAGAAUUGUAACAUAAGGCCUUGGCGACAUUCGGCCUUAUGCCAAUAGAAAGUCAUUAGUUAACUUCACAGCAAAAGGGUAUUAAAUUAUGAAUUAAAAUCUAUCAUUUUUAUAAUGAAUGAUGAAGAAAUUUACCUUUCAAAUUGUAUACAAUAAAGGCUCCUGGAUAAAAUAAACAUCAUGCUAAUUUGAGUUGCAAUGAAACAACUACUACAUAAAUUAUAUACUGAACACACACACUUCCCAAGUAUAGUUGCAAGCAUUCAUAUACUUUUUUUGUCUGUCUAAUUGUAUUUGUGCCUAAAGCAGGAAGAAGAUGAAUGGAUCUCUGGAUCAUCCAGAUCAACCAGAUAUUGAUGCUAUUAAGAUGUUUGUGGGACAAAUCCCACGGUCAUGGUCUGAAGAGCAGCUUCGUGAACUGUUUGAACCCUUUGGAUCAGUCUACGAGAUUAAUAUCUUACGAGACCGGAGCCAAAACCCACCACAGAGCAAAGGUUGUUGUUUUGUAACAUAUUAUACUCGUAAAUCAGCCUUGGAAGCACAGAAUUCUCUACACAACCUGAAGAUCCUGCCUGGGAUGCAUCACCCAAUCCAGAUGAAGCCAGCAGACAGUGAAAAAAGCAACGUAGAGGACAGAAAACUUUUUAUUGGAAUGAUCUCCAAGAAGUGCAAUGAAAACGACAUCCGACUGAUGUUCUCUCCAUAUGGCCAGAUAGAAGAAUGUCGGAUACUUCGAGGCCCUAAUGGACUCAGCCGUGGAUGCGCAUUUGUAACAUUUACAGGUCGACAAAUGGCCCAGUCUGCUAUCAAGUCAAUGCACCAGUCACAGACUCUGGAGGGCUGUUCAUCACCCAUUGUAGUGAAAUUUGCAGAUACUCAGAAGGACAAAGAACAGAAACGCCUGGCUCAACAGCUGCAGCAGAUGCAGCAACUCACUGCCACUUCCAUGUGGGGAAAUUUAUCUGGUUUCCACAAUCUUGGACCACAGUUCCUUGCACUCUACUUACAGUUGUUGCAGCAGUCUACCUUCACAGGAAAUGCACUCAGCAAUUUACACCAAGUUUCAGGUCUGAAUUCCAUGCAGAAUCUGGCAGCUUUAGCUGCUGCAGCAACAGCUACACAGGGCACAACUUCAACUUCCAACAUCAUGACGACAUCUAGUAGUCCAUUAAGUGCACUAACCGGCUCAGGCAUGGCAACAAUAAAUGGCAACCUUUCUUCUGGUGGCUUGUCUCAUGGCUCAGGUAAUACAAUGGAGGCACUGAGCCAAGCCUACUCAGGUAUUCAGCAGUAUGCAGCUGCUGCCCUACCCAACUUCUAUAAUCAGAGCCUACUAUCCCAGCAAAACGUGUCAGCUGCUGGCAGCCAAAAAGAAGGACCAGAGGGAGCAAACCUUUUCAUUUAUCACCUGCCUCAGGAGUUUGGAGACCAGGACCUGCUGCAGAUGUUUUUACCUUUUGGAAACGUGAUCUCAGCAAAGAUUUUCAUUGACAAACAGACCAACCUUAGCAAAUGUUUUGGCUUUGUGAGCUAUGAUAACCCAGUGUCAUCACAAGCAGCCAUCCAGUCAAUGAACGGUUUCCAGAUCGGUAUGAAAAGACUGAAGGUCCAACUAAAGCGUUCAAAGAAUGAUAGUAAGCCUUACUAGCAUUGUUAAGGCCUAUAGAACAAAUUGUGUUAUAGUAAGUACAUGAAUGAAGAAUUAUUUAUUUGGCAUUUACUGUACUGUUGUUUUCAUUAUAAAAGUACAAAUAAUCACUACAUAGCUCUUAAAGCUUGCUGUGCUGUGAAAGUACAUUAUUUUUUAUACAACAGACAUUAUCAGUUUCUAUACUAAAUUGAUGGUCAUGUUUUGUAGAAUCAUCUUGCUGUAUGAGUUUUUUAAGUCAAAUACAUAAUGUGAUACACAAUGAUUCUUUUCCUGUUUUAUCUGUUAUCUGAAAAGUUUCUCAAUAGCAAACUAUUCAUAAAAAAUUACUUUUUCCCUUUGUAUAGCAGUUAAAUUAUUUACGUUAGGUAUUAUUGAAUGAGUUUUAAAACUAUGUA